UCUGUUAUCCGGCGCUUCUGAUUGAGCGUCUUCCUCUCUUUCGGCGGCUUCUGGCUCUUUCUGCGCUGCGAGUUCCCGAGCUCCCGCGAUUCACUCACUCUUUCCCCAGUUGCUCCCGUUUGUUUACCGGCCAUGAGCCAUCUCCCACUUCUCUUAAACCUGCAGACGAAAGUUUAAAAGACAGCGCUGUCUUCCAGCUCAGGCCGUCAAGAUGAGGACGCGGCCGAGCCUCGCAUCUUCCCGGCAGGGACGCGACCCCAGCCAAGAAGGAUCGAGACGCCACAAUCACUCCUCUCUCUUCAGCCACAUCAACCAAACAUUCGUCUCCAAGCCGUCAGAUCUGCCUGUGUCGGCCCGCGAUUCUGCCUUUGGGUCCAGCACCUCUUCGUUUGUCUUUACUGCAGGCGGCUCUGGCGGGACCCCCGUCAGCAAGAGCCCGUUCGCCCAGCGCAGUGACCCGCCAUCUACCGUCCCAACAUUCAGCUUCACCGUUCCCCAGUCUCCCAGCACCCCGGAGUAUCGUGGGUCUUCAGACUCAGACAGCCGGUCCGAUUCGAUGGACAGUCUCAGCCAUAGCAUGGCGAACCUCGAAAUUCCGAGAGGGAUGCCAAAGAAGCUGGCGAAGGAGGAUGAAGCCAUGUCGCUCUCGGCCGCUUCCGCCUCGGACAUGAGCAAGCCGCCAUCUCCUAGCGCGGAUGAUGCGCUUGCCGGAGACGCCGCCGAAGAGUCCAUGAGUGCCGAGUCGGAGCUGAGCAGCGAUGAGAUCUCCACGCUCAACAUCCACCUCGGCCUGCUGAAGCGGCGUCCCGAGCUGGAGGAGCUGAACGAGAUCAAGACGACCCCAAUAUUCACGGAAUCGGUGCGCAAAUACGCGCGCUCGCUCUCCGGUGCAAACGCUGAGCAGCCGUUCAGCCAGUACGGUUUGCUGGCUGGCGACAUUACUGGCAGCGCCAACGAGGGCAGCGCGGACCCUCGCCUUUUCUGGAACAUCGCCGCGCCCUCUAGCUUUUUCAUCUGCGGCAGCCAAGGGUCUGGCAAGAGCCACACCCUGUCGUGCCUCUUGGAGAAUGCUCUUGCGCCCUGCAAGGCGAAUGUGCUGCCGCGGCCGUUGACGGGCAUUCUUUUCCAUUACGACACCUUCAUCUCCGACUCUGGCGGAUCCCCCUGCGAGGCGGCCUGGUUAUCCACGAACCCGGACAUCAAGGUGCGGGUGUUGUGCCCGCCAACAAAUAUCCGAACGAUGCAGCGCCUCUACGGGAAGUUUCCCAACAUCAAAGUGGAGGAGCUGCGGCUGAACGAAACGGAUCUCAACACCAAACGCAUGUUAGACUUGAUGGCGGUCACCACAGGCGGUAACCUGCCGCUCUACCUUCACGUCGCGCAGCGCAUCCUCCGCGACCUGCGCGUCACACAACAGCGAACCAACACCGGCUUCAGCUACACCGCGUUCAAGCGCAGCCUCGCGGGCGAGGACCUGAGUGAGAUGCAGCUUGCGCCUCUCAAGCAGCGCCUGGAGACCCUCGAGUCCUUCAUGGUCGAAGACCAGGCGAAAGCCUACAACAUGUUCACCAACGUGUCCAGUCAAGCCCCCAAGUCUCACCCCGCCAAAGGCGGCGGCACCUCGUGGGCCCCGCAGAACGGCCACCUCACCAUCGUCGACCUGUCGUGUCCGUGCGUGACGCCGGAGAUGGCCUGCUCGCUCUUCAACAUCUGCCUCUCCCUGUUUCUCGAGCAGGACCCCGCCGCCGUGGGCCGCGUCGUCGCCCUGGACGAGGCCCACAAGUACAUGACCGACUCGCAGGAGUGCGCCGCGCUGACCGAGGCCCUGCUGGCCACGAUCCGGCUGCAGCGGCACCUGGGCGCGCGCGUCAUCAUCUCCACGCAGGAGCCCACCAUCAGCCCCAAGCUGCUGGAUCUGUGCAGCGUCACGGUCGUGCACCGGUUCACCUCGCCCGACUGGCUGAAUGCGCUGCGCAAGCACCUGGCGGGCGUGUCGGCUGGAGGCAGGUUGUUGGAGCGGGCGAGGAAGUUGAAUGGAGAGGUUGAUCGGGAUGGGGAGGAGGGAGCCGAGGGGGCUGCGGCGCUGGCGCUGGGCGAUGCCGAUCCGGCGUUGGAGCUUUUUUCGAGGAUCGUGGAUCUGAGGGUUGGUGAGGCGCUGUUGUUUGCGCCGAGCGCCAUCGUGGGCGUGAAGAAGAGAAAGGACGGGCAGACGGGCCGCUGCGGUGAUGUCAAGCGGCUUGCUCACGGCGUGUUGAAGGUGCGGAUUCGCAACCGGACGACGGCGGAUGGCGGGCGCAGCAUCAUGGCUGCUUGAGCUGCCUUCAGAGCUUUUCGCGUUGGAUUGACUGUUUAUGGCGUUGUGGGAAACUCUUUCCGGGUAAGGCUUGGCGCUGGCCGUGUUAUGAUACCAUCCGA